AUGAUCCCCGCUUUGCACCCACCAGCCGGAAGCGCAUUUAUUCGCAACCCCGAUCCUCCUACUCGUCCGUUUCUACCGCCAAUACUCUCCGACUCGGUCCAGGUCAAGAUGAUGAGCGCGGCCUCCUUCCUGACUCCCCUGGGGGAGCGUCCGCCGCAGUACCGAACUCCGUCCCCCCCGCGACGCGCCGUAGAGCCCAUCACACCGUCCACCGCAGAAUUUCGUUCAUCAUGGGCCGAGCGCGUUUGGAUGGUGACCAGCGACCGUCUAAUCAUACUCGGACCCCUGCGGUGGAUGGCUCUUCACAUCACCGGUCGGGUCACGGCCGGUCAAACUCAACCAUCGACACUCUUGCGACCAUCGCCCUCGCAACCAGCCCGACAUUCACACCACUUCCCGAUCGCCCACCUUCCCCCCCCAUCUCGAUCGACCGUGCCCUUGUUUCCUCCCGAAUCGAACACCUCCGAACGCCCCGCGAAGAGAGCUCGAUCUGAGAGAGACCCCUCACCAUACCAUGGCCGCGGCCAACCAACUCAUUCUCAUUCCCAUUCCCUUUCCGAUACCCUUUCUUACUCUCAUUCACACUCACAAGCGCCCUCAAAUAUACAAUCCUUGAUUCCAGAUAGCAUGACAACAGAUGCCGAGCUUCUUUUAAACCUCGCCCGACCGACCAAUUUUCACCCCAGCAGCCACACAAAACGAGUCAGCAUCGAUGAGUCUCAUAACCACUACGGAGGUGACGAGUUAAGGCACAAUCGAGUUGGAUUUGCAAAUGAUGGAUACCCCGACGGGAAACAUGCAUUUUUCUCGGAGGACAGUCACCCGCCUUCGCGCAUGAGAUCUCGUUCGGAUGGCUCAGCAUUUGCACCCCGUCCUGUGAUUCGCGGUGCGCGUCCGACCACCAGCGCAGGGACAUUACCUCCAAUUGUGUGGGAAGACGAGAUUGAGGAUAUCUCAUCGGGAGACGCGUCUCGAUAUGCUGGGUAUGUGGAACACCGGUCCACCGGUAUUCCUGAACUUCGCGCCUUGCAAAAACCAUUAGACCCGAUGCCUAAAGCCGAGGAAGACGAAGCCGAACCAAGCCAGGCAAGCUGUGCUGCAUGUCAUAUGGUUCGAAUACCAGUACAGACAGAAGAGCAAGAAGAAGAUACCUGGAUUGGUUGUGAUGGAUGCAAGCGAUGGUUCCAUAUCGUCUGCGCUGGCUUCAAAAGCGAUCGAGAAUUGCGCACCAUUGACAAGUUCAUAUGUCGCUCAUGUCGACCAGCCCACGGUCAAACCACUUUCGUCCGCAAGUCCUCGCGUGCUCGUACAGCAAUUGACUACGCAGGUCUCAACCAAGGCCUUGUCAAGGCGGCUUCCGACUCUAUGGAACACCACUACCUGGAGCCUAUCCGACAAGGGAAAAUACGCUUCCAGCCGGAGGAUUUCCCCCGCAUGAAGCCCGAAUUGGUCACUGCCGAAUACUUCGAGCGUGGAAAUGGCUGGAAUGAACCCAUCGUGAUACCUGCCUGCUGGAACACCCAUGAACCUGUCCCCGAAGUGGACACAGACUUUGAAUCUUUGAUCAAAGAUGCUUCUACCAAGGAAAUGUUUGAUGAUCUUCUUGAGCAUCUUCCCGAACAGGAGGCCGAGGUUGAAGAGAACAAUGACUGUGGCCAGGAUCAAUUGGACAUGGUGAUCCCCAAAGGCCUUACGGUACGGGCGGUGGCGGAACUCUACGGACCCGAAGAGAGAGUCGAGGUCAUUGAUGUCAAAUCACAACAGGGCGAGGAUAAGAGGUGGAAUAUGCAGAAAUGGGCGGAUUACUACGAGAGUAACGAACCCAACAAACCCGUCCGGAACGUCAUUAGCUUGGAGGUCUCCCAGAGCAGGCUCGGCAGACUCAUCAAGCGACCUAAGAUCGUUCGGGACUUGGAUUUGCAAGAUGCCGUCUGGCCCAAGGAGCUGCAAGAAAUUGGUGACUUCCCCAAAGUACAAUUCUAUUGCCUGAUGUCUGUGGCCGACUGCUAUACCGACUUUCAUAUCGACUUUGGUGGUUCUUCAGUGUACUAUCAUAUUCUCAAGGGCAAGAAGACCUUUUUCUUCAUCCCACCCAAAGACAGGCACCUGAAGAAGUAUGAAGAGUGGUGCAACUCCCCUGCGCAGGAUUCAAUCUUCCUCGGAAGCCAGACAAAGGAGUGUUAUCGUGUUGAUCUUUCUGAGGGGGACACCAUGUUGAUUCCAUCAGGCUGGAUCCAUGCCGUAUGGACCCCGGAGAACAGCCUGGUAAUCGGCGGGAACUUCCUCACCAGGCUGAACUACGGCAUGCAAAUCAAGGUGCUCAACAUUGAGAAGGAGACAAAAGUCCCUAGGAAAUUCCGAUACCCAUUCUUCCAGAAAAUCCAGUGGUACACAGCCCUGCGAUAUUUGGAAGAUGACCCUGUCCCCGCGAAUGUAUUGGAUUACUUCGUGCAGGAUGAAAACGCUCGAUUUCACCGAGAGUACCCCGUGUACUACGAGUUUGGAGAACUUGCCAAUCAAGAGGCUUUGGGAUCGCCUUACUAUAACGCUCGAUUCUAUUCCCAAGCGGAGCUUGAGGGUUUGCCUGAACUGAUUAAGUAUCUUCUUCGGACAGCACUUAUUGCUAGUGGCUAUCUUGUUGAAGGUGUCACGACAGAAGCUCGCAACGCCAUCCGUCGUUCCAUCCCGAAAGCAAUCACAGAUCCUGUUGAAAUGAUUCGGAGGUUCGGAAUCUGGGUCGCAUGGAAACGUGGCAAUGAGACGGCACCGCGAUGGACUCGACCGGGUGUUAUCGAAAACAACCCCAAGGUUUCCCUUAAUGAAAAGAAGCCCGCUGGACGACCGAGUCGCCGAUCGGACCGCAAUAUCGACUACCAGCGUACAUAUGCGGAGAGGCACCCUAUUCAGCGCUUGGAAGACAUCAUGCCAUCCCCCGCGCACCAGGCCGACCCCUUGGUCGAGAUUCCGACAUCCUUUCCGUCUGUGUAUACCCCCGAUUGCGCGGCUCCGGACGCCAUGACGACUCCAAAGUCGCGAUCCUCCGCACCACGAGGCUCCGGUCUAGGGCCAAAGCGGGUAGCUUGCGAUGCUUGUCGUAGACGACGCAUUCGUUGUCGCCACAAGGAUGAGCCGGCUGACAUGAUUUUGGGCAAACAAAUGACAAUCAACGGAUUUGGAUCCACGUCAGGUGUUAGCACACCAAAUUCACUGGCCCAAGAUGCGGUUUCCGCAUUGAACUCAUUAGCGGCAAUCGCCUCGCAAGCCGGAUUCCCGAACAAUGGCGUGAUUGGCCUUGAUGGGUUUGAGGCCGCUGGCAAAUUCCAAUCCGCAGUCAUGGGAACGUCUACUGCAGCAGCGAACAGGCUUCAUGAUUUGAGUCCUGAUGGUGCUAGCGGUGGGAAGAAAGGUCGUAGUAAGGCAUGCGACGAUUGCCGGAAGAGCAAGCGUCGUUGUAUACAUGACGAAUACGGUCGGAUAGAUCCUAUCAAGGCUCAAGAGCGAUCUAAACCCCGCAACACCACUUCGGCAAAGCGGCCUCGAACAAACGAUGAUGACACGGUCCCCGUCCCGAAGAAGACAAAGCAAGAGAGCACAUCGCCAAUCGUGAAUCAGGGACAAUUUGACCUCGGUCAGGCUGAUAGCAAGGAAGAGGUUUUGCAGGCUGUUCCGGUAACAUACGAAAACGAAGCUCUCGACCCCCAUGACCAUUCGUCGGCUUAUCAAUUCCCUUCAGCACACAUGGAAGAGGAUAUGCCUGUGAACCAAUCAUUAUACGCAUCGCCGCCUGUCUUUCAUGCAGAAUCUGUCGACAUGAAAGAUGCCAACUCUGUUUCUGUCUCUUCAAAGCCAACGGCCUCCCUCGUUUCACCACCCACUUCAUUAGCAGAUGAAAUGGAUGUAGUCCAAGAUGGCGAACCCAUGACCUCUUGCGGACUACUCUUCCUCCCCGGAGAACCACGCCCGGUCCACAUCCAGCUAAGAAACCCUCCUCUCGCCCCUCCUCUUCUCACGCCAAAAAGAGCUCUCCAAUGGUCGAGAAGCGCUUCGAACGUCACGCAACGACCUCCAUGUCUCCUCACCAAUCAAAGCAUAUAA